AUGGGGGCUACAGAGGUAAGCUGGAUUGUAAACGAUACAGCUGAAGAAGAGGUGCCGGCCUGCUCUUUGAGACAUAUCAUAAAGAAGGAAAACAGUCUGAAAAAACAUUUCAGCUUCUUAGUGCCUGUUCUGCAGUGGCGUGAUUCUUUUAUUCAUUCACACUGGGAAAAGCUCCAGAAUGAACCAUUGCCUUAUGGCUGGAAGAACCAGUCUUACCAUGAAAUAGGCAAGACUCUUUCUCUGCUUUCACAUCCUGGCAACAGUCAUCUGUUUGAGCGGAAAACGCCAGAUGCAUGUGUGCGUUGUGCCGUGGUGGGUAACGGAGGUAUCCUCAAUGGAUCCAGGCAGGGGAAAGUCAUAGACAGCCACGAUUAUGUUUUCAGGGUCAAUGGGGCAUUAAUCAAAGGUUUUGAGGAUGAUGUUGGGACAAAGACGUCUUUCUACGGUUUCACCACGAACUCCCUCAAGAACUCCUUGGUUGCUUAUUAUGAAGAUGGCUUCGACAGGGUGCCACGUGACCCGGGUAUUGGAUAUAUUUUUAUACCUGCGGAAACUCGAGACUACAUGAUGGUGGCAUCUGCUAUCCAGGGUGUGUCUGUACCCUCCGGACUUGAUAAAGGUGACAGUCCCUCAGAACUUUUUGGAUAUAAUCCUCAAAUACAUCAGUUCAAGAUGAUCCAUCCAACCUUCAUUCAAUAUGUGACUCAAAGGUUUCUGAAAUCCCCACUGCUGGAUGAAUUCAGAGACCUGUACAUGCCCAGCACGGGUGCUCUAAUGCUGCUGACUGCUUUACACACCUGUGACCAGGUCUCUGCAUAUGGCUUCAUCACAGACAAUUAUAAAGACUUCUCAGACCAUUACUUUGACAAGGUCAUGAAGCCUCUGAUCUUCUAUGCCAACCAUGACAUGCUGAUGGAGGGACGCUUGUGGAAGCAGCUGCACUCUCAUAAAGUCUUGUGGCUAUAUCAGAGAAAUAAUAACAAAAAAUGAUGUCACUUCGGUGAAUCUUUGGACAUGGGGAAAACAGGUUAUACAACUACAAAAAUGAAAUUGCCAAAGAAGUAUUUUGCAGAGACGUAAAGUAUUUGAGUAAAUGUAAUUAGUUAUUGUAAAUACGUAUCUUUUUGGCUACGUUGUAGUUGUACUGAGUAUCAAAGGUAUUAGCAACUUAUGCUCUCUACUUGACUACAUUUUUGAACAAGUAUGUAAUUUUUACUCCAAUACAUUUGUGGUGAGUAAUGCAAUUACACAUUACGUUCUGCAUGACACCUAACUUUUUCUGCAGCAGUUUGUUUCUGCUAUAGAGAAGUGCUAUCACAAUCUAAGAGCACUGAAGGUUGAAGGGAACUUGUCAACAAGGCUACUUGCAUUAGCAGGUAGUUUUCUGAAUUGCAGGUGUUUGAUUUAUGAGAUGAGGUCAUGACUGCAGCCGGUGAUAAGGCAAAAAUCGGCACAUCCAGUGCAAGUAGACUUUGACUAUUUAAUUUUAUUUAACAUUAUUUUAUUUAUCCGCUUUCACGAGUUCACAUUUACAUAUAAUUAAAUAGAGUAAGGAUAUGCGUAUUUGGCGCGCUGUCUGGGAGGAGGGUCUUCGAGCUCGGAACUUUGGCCUGAACCCAGAGUGCUACCCCCGGUUGUGGUAAGAAUAGAUAGAACUAGAAGUGAGGAGAUGGGGUGGAGGAGUCAUUUUCACUGUAAGGUAUCUGUACUUUUACCCAAGUAUGGUUUUCAGGUACUCUUUACACCUCUUGUAUUUUGGAUUAAUCUGUUGAACAUUUCAUAUUAAUUCAAAGAUUCACAGAUGUUUUGUUGCACCUUGCUUCUCCUGCAACAUUUAGAGGCAACGCCACUGAAAAGGAUGAUUUUAACAAGCAAAAUAAAUUAUUUAAAUCAAAAAGUUACUUGGGAAACUGUUUGACUCUUUGAUACUUAGCAGGUUUAGGUCAUAUAUAGAAUGAAGGGGUUACUGUGAGAACAUAGGCAACUUUAAAUGGACCUCUAUGAUGUGGCGUCCCCCAGGGUUCAAUCCUUGGACCUCUCCUCUUCAGUCUGUAUAAUGUGUAAAAUGUGUUUUUAAAAUGCAAAAAUGUAUAUUGUCAUGCCAAAUAUUUAUUAGACAAAUCAUUCAUCAAAGGGACUGUAUAGCAUUCAUGUAGAUCAUGCAUUAACUGAUAAAAUGUAAAUCGCUGUAUCCUUGUAGUUAAUAGAUAAAGAAACAAAAUUGCUUUCAAAUGAAUAUGUUUCCAAUAAGAAAAAAAAAAAAAAACAUCCUGAUAUCCCUGAGACAAAACUUGCAGCCCAAUGACUGGAGCUUGGCAAUAUACAGUAAAUAAUUCCUGAAUUAUUUCUGAAGGAUCAUGUGACACUGAAGACUGACACUGAAGAAUAAAAAUUCAGCUUUGCCAUUAAUAAAUUACAUUUUAAAAUAUAUUCAAAUAGAAAAGUUACCUUAAAUUGUAAUAUUAAUUCUCAAUAUUACUGUUUAUUUAAUUAAAUAAAUGCAGCCACCUUGCAGACUGCUUUCAAAGGCAAAUUUUUUUUAUUUAUUCCGAAAUUUUGGUCUGCCAAAUAUGUCACAAUAAUGGGAACUCAAAUCUCUGUACUUGAUUGCACAUUAUUAUGUUUUCAAAAUAUACUUUGCUUUGUGAAGUGAAUCUGUUCUUGUAUCUCACUCUAUAAAAAAAACUUUAAAAUAAACUCUUUUUUUUUUGCUUCAAGGUGCUGGUUUCACCCUGUGUUUUAGCUUGUGAUCACUGUGAUAGUGACAUUAACUGCUUUAUUUAAACAUGCCCCAGGUGUGCAACAUCUGUUUGUGGGAUAUCCGGAAGGUGAUAGCAGCCCCUGAUCCUUUGAUCACCGCUCGCCCUUAUCUUUGUGGGAGCAGGUGAAGGGAUGCAGAACCGCAAGCCUUGUUCUUCAGUUUUCACCUGGUUCUCCGCAGCACACAGUCUCAUUCAGACACUUGUCAGGGCCAUAUUCACUAUCCUGUUCCAGAUGACUUCAUUUAGGAGGGGACAGGAAGCACUUUGAUCUGUGGCUGAAGAAAGAGACUUCUGGAUCACAAUGUUUGUGUGCAUAUGCAAGUUUAAGCAUAUAAAUAAGUUCAUGGAUGGUUUAAAAUUUUCAGAAACUUUCAUCAUAGCAUGUCUGAGGUACAUUGAACAAAACAAACAUUGAAUUCCAUUAGUUUUAAGUUACUGCACAACAACAUGCAACAAGUGAAUGCACAUUUCUAGGGAUGGAUAAACCCAAAGGAAAGAAAAAUCACAACUUACCUCUUUAAUGUCUCAAUUUUUUCUCCUAGAGACAGAGAUUAAAUGAGGAGGACGUGGAGACUUUUGUUUAUGUCUUCUGCUUCUUAAAGUCUUAAGUUCAGCCAAAAAUGAAAAUUCUGUCAUCAUUUAUACACCCUCUUAUUGCUCCAAACCCGUAAAUCUUCGGAACACAAAUGAAGAUAUUUUUCAAGAAAUAUGAGGUUCAUUCUCAUGUUACGCAGCACAUUUGAGCUUCAGCAAGAACCAAUGAGGUUCAUUCUCGAGUGUUACGCAGCAUGUUUGAGCUUCCGCAAGAACCAAUGAGGUUCAUUCUCAUGUUACACAGCACAUUUGAGCUUCAGCAA